UCGCUUGACGGGUGAGGAGGGCAAAGAAUUUGCUGCAGAUGUCAGAAGACACUUCCCUCGACUUUGCAAAGUGUUUAAGGCACACGUUUCUAGUCAAAACUCAGAGCUAAAUAAUGCAGCGUUACAGGCGUUAGGAUUCUGUGUUUUUAAUUCAAAGAUUACAUCUGAAUUAUCUGCCGCCGAGGUACACGACUUGCUGUCGAUGGUAAGCAGUGUUGCUGUCAAAACCUCAGACAAAAACACUCGCACUCGGGCGCUCUGGGUGAUCUCCAAGCAAGCCUUUCCUUCUGAAAUGGUUAAAAAGGAGGUGUCCAGCAUUAUUUCUGCCCUGGAAAUGAUACUGACUAGAGGAGAUAUCCAGUCUAUGGUGGUUGAAUAUGAAGCACUAAACGUUAUUAUACGCUUAAUGGAGCAAACUCCAGCACAGAUGGGAGAGGAGGCUGUGAGGUGGGCAAAACUGAUCAUUCCUCUGGUGGUCCAUUCGGCUCACAAGGUGCAGUUACGAGGUGCCACUGCUCUGGAGAUGGGCAUGCCGCUGCUCCUCCAGAAACAGCAGGAGGUGGCGGCUGUCACUGAGCACCUGAUGACCACAAAAUUAAUUUCAGAACUUCAGAAAUUGUUUUCUACAAAAAACGAGACUUACGUGUUAAAAUUAUGGCCGCUGUUUGUCAAAUUACUUGGAAAGACUCUGCAUCGUAGUGGCAGUUUUAUCAACUCAUUGCUGCAACUGGAGGAACUUGGAUUUCGUAGUGGCUCACCAGUGGUAAAGAAAAUAGCCUUCAUUGCAUGGAAGAGUCUAAUAGAUAAUUUUGCUCUAAAUCCAGAUAUAUUGUGCAGUGCUAAAAGGCUGAAAUUGCUCAUGCAGCCGCUGAGCUCGAUCCACGUGAGAACAGAGGCUUUGGCACUGACGAAACUGGAGGUCUGGUGGUAUUUACUCAUGAGGCUGGGACCUCAGCUGCCUGCAAACUUUGAACAGGUUUGUGUACCAUUGAUCCAAAGUACUUUAAGUCUGGAUUCUUCUGCUGCAUUGCAAGGAACUCCCUCACGUGUACCAGCCAACCAGAGUUUAGUCACGGCAACCCCUGCACAGAAAUCAGGUCCUUACCCGUUUGCAAGUCCAGUCACACCAAGGAUGAACUUGAAUUCCAGUACGGCAGGAGUGGUAGUGAUUCCUUCCAUUCAGCUUUUGGGAAUUGAAAUGCUGCUUCACUUCUUGAUGGGACCAGAAGUUUUAGGUUUUGCUAAGCAAAACAAACUCGUACUCAGUUUAGAGCCUCUCCAGUACCCCCUGAUCAGUGGCCCUUCUUUUUUUUGUAAGCAUGCCAGCACGCUUAUAAACGCAGUUCAGGAUGGCUUUAUUGCAGUUGGAAAAGAAGUUUCUGAUUGUAUGCUGAAUGUUAUAUGGAAGGACAUAAAUGGAUAUGUAAAAACAGCUAUUGAAUCAGGAAAUAAGAAAGAAAAGCAAGGGUCAGAAAUACUGACUAUGUUGCUCCAGGCCUUAAAAAACAUUGUCAGAUCAAAUUCUCUUCCUGUGCAGAAAAUAUUGUCCCUCAUUGAUAUUACCGUUAAGGAAUUGCCUCCGAAAGUAUUGGGAUCACCAGCUUACCAGGUUGCUGACAUGGAUCUUUUAAAUGGAACACCAGCUUUGUUCUUAAUUCAGCUGCCUUUCCAUAAUAACCUCUUGGAAUGCUGUGUAACAGAUGAGAGAUUCUUUGUAAUUCUAGAAACGCUCGUGGGUUAUGUUUUGUCUGGGCCUACAUCUCCGCUGGCUUUCAGUGAAUCUGUGAUCUGCAUUAUCAAUCAGAGUGCAAAACAAGUGGAAAAUAAGGAGCAUCUUUGGAGAAUGUGGAGUAUUGUUGUUAAUCCACUAACGGAAUGGAUUAAUCGGACUAACGAAGUCAAUCAGGGUGAUGCACUGGAGCACAACUUCAACGCUGUUUACAGUGCAUUGCUGCUACCAGUAUCGCAUAUCUUCCCCGUUCAGGACUUUCCACAGCCAACUAUGAAAUCCUUGUUGCGCACUUGGUCAGACCUGUAUAGAGCAUUUGCUCGCUGUGCUGCUUUAGUUGCAACAGCAGAAGAAAACGUAUGCUGUGAAGAACUUUGUGCCAAAAUAAUAUCUGGGCUAGAAGGUGAAACUCCAGUAGUGUUCUCAAUGAUGGAUGGUCUCACCCACAUUAUAUCAGUUAUGGUUGACUGCAUCAACUUUGCACCAUAUGGUACUAAAUAUCAGCCAAAACACAGAUCUCCACAGACGCCUACAGAUUGGUCUAAGAAGAAAAAGGAACCCCUUGGAAAGCUUGCCUCUCUGUUUAAACUCCUGGUGAUGUUACUAAACUCUUUCCAUGUGUUCAGUUCCAAAGAAAUCUGUUCAGAAACAUUGGUCUCUGUUGGUCCUUCAAUUAUUGCUGUUCUUCACAACAUCAUCAGCCACGUUUCAUUGCCUUCCGUGAUUGGGACUAUGUUUGCAAUUUUUUCAAAACCCCUGGCAGUGUUUUAUGAAAAAGCAAAGCUUGAUGAUGUAUCUAAAGUAUACAGUAAUCUUAACAACAAGCUUGAAAAACUGCUGGCCGAGAUGAUGCUGUGCUUACAGUCCCACUGCACCGGCUCUUACGACAGCGACUUGCUGGAGCAGCUUUCUCCCAUGCUCUGUGUUGUGUUCCAGCAUAAGAGCAAACAGAUCCGCACCCAGGGCGCCCACUUCUGGAACGCAACGUUUGCAAAGACCACGUUAUUGACAUACCCCCAAGAGUUAAAAUCUGUGUUAAGCCAAGCCAAAAAGAAAAUGCCACUCUUGCUGCCCGGGUUCGAAAGCAUCGAGAUAGCUGAGGAAUGCAGCGGCCCGUUCUCCGAUGCGAUGGAGAAUUCACAGCUGGAUGCAAAGAUAAGUGGAAUGGAAGUAAAUUUGGGUCAAAAACGAGACUCUCUGUUGGCACAGACGAGUGAACUGAAAAACGAAGUCAAAGACAAGUCCAGCCAUGUGCAAGUAACAUCUGCCAAGUUGAAACUAGAAUUUUCAUCUUCCAAGACUAAAAGUGAGAUACUGUUGGAAGAGGAGAAAUCUGUUGAUUUUGUGUUUAUUCCUCCAGAAACGAAAGCAAGAAUAUUGACGGAACAUCAAAAAGAAGUGCUUAGGUCAAAGAGGGUUGGUAUUCCUGCUAUGUACAACAAUUUGGACACGUCGCAAGAUACUACCUUAUUUUCUCAAUAUACUCAAAGCCAGGAAGAUUCUUUAUCAUCUUUACCAGAAAAAGCAAAAGAAGAUACUAAGCCCCAGGAAGAAAAUGCAGAGAGUGGAGGAUGCUCCAGCAAAUCAGAGGAAAUCACAGAGGACUGUGAAUCGGAUAAUCCUCCUGAGAACACUGCCCCUGUGAAAAAGUCAUCUGUCGCUCCCGUAGCGGAGAGCUCAGCUUCAAACAGCGAGAGAGAGCCGACAAGGGAUGCAGCUGGAAUGAUGCCGGAGGAGCCAACGGUUGGGGAGGGAUUAGAAAAAAGCUCUGUGGGAACAGCUUCAAAGGAGCCCUUUGCAGGGGGUGAAAACACUUCCAAUGUGAGCAGCAGUUCAGCGUCGAGUGAUGUCGUUUCUGGAACACCGCAGCCCGUGAGCCGCCGGCAGUCUUUCAUUACCUUGGAGAAAUUUGAUACUUCAGGGAACAGACCCUUCAGCCUUUCAGCAUUAAACAGUUUAUCAGAGAUGUCCGAAACUGCUUCCGCAGCAGGUAAACGGGAAAAUACAAACGUAUGCAAGACUAGUGCUAGACUGGAAAAAUCUGGAGAAGAAAAUAAAAAGCCUUCAAAAUCUGAGUCUGAACAAAUAUUUACUGCAAUUCGAAGGCUGACUCGCAGGCAGAGUAAAGCGGAGCACCAAGGAAAUAAGCAGUCCAAGCCGUUCACCAGGUCAGAACCAGAGAAAAGCGCACAAGAGUUGUCGUCUUCCAGCAGUAUGGAAAAUAGUUCUGAACUGUCUCCUACAGUGGAAGACAGGGAGCACGUUCUCCUUGCUCAGUCCCAAGCUCUCUCUUCUACAGAAGUAGAAGUUAAACAAGUUGAAGAUGCAGCAGCAGACGUAGAAAAGGUCCAGGCAUUAGAUACGGAUUCUAAAGAAAAUACACCCCCAGAGACGAUUGUAUCCUCAGACCAGGUAACAGGUGAUGAUAGUCAGGUUCCACACGUGUCUUCUAAUCAGAAAGUGCUAAGGCGUUCUUCAAGACGACGGUCAGAAACUGUAGAAAGUACAGCAGGCAGUCAAGAUAAGGAAGAUGGCCACCAGAGGAGAGACAGACGUAAAGACGACGAAAAAUCCGGGCAAAAGAAGGGGCUGCCGACCAAAGAUGAUGUGUCUCAAAAGCAGAAAGCAGUUUCUGGGAAAACUACAGAAAGUACAAAUAAAAAGGAAAGCAACCUGCCCGAGAGCUCUGCUGCAGGGGACUUGAGCUCAAAGGAGUCUCCUGCUUCAAGGGGCCUUGAUGAGGAGACGAACAGAAGCGCGAGGAGGUCGGAAGAGAACUUGAAGACCGACGUGGAAGGUCAAGACUGUAGCUCAAAUACAGUAGGUCAGAAGAAGAUUGAACGCCCACGAUACCACACAAGAAGAGCUUCCCAAGGCUUGCUUUCCAGCAUAGAAAAUUCGGAGGCUGAUGGCUCUGAGACCAAGGAAGAAAGCACGAGGAAGAAAAAAUCUGGAAAAGUGAAAAAUAGAAGUGAUUCUCUCGAAGGUAAAUGGAAAGAUCCACAGCCAGGAGGCCGUAGCCAUGAUGUGUCUUCCCAAGGAAGCGAAACUAAGAAUCUGGGGGAAACAAAUAAAGGUGAACUGAGCCGUGACGCCAGCACAGAUGCUGCACUGACAUCUGGAGCAGGUGACCUGAAAACCCAAGAAGUUCCUACAGAUGCCAGCAAGGCUGUGGGAUCUGCCAGCUCGAAGAGUUCGCCUGAUGCACAGAACGCAAGUGCGGAACACAGCAAGGGCAACACCUGGAUGGACUCGUUCACCCACCCAGGUGCGUCUGAGCAAGAUUUGAAAGCAGCAGAGGAAGAUAAACAUGUAGAAAAGCAGACAGACGUAGAAGGUGGCUGUCCAGCUGUUCUGCCCGAGUGUGCACCAGGAGAAAACGUGUCAGGUGGUGAUCUUUCUUCUCUGCAAGUGUGCGAGUGUCAGCACAGAAGAGGCAAAAGGCUGAAACGACUGAGGAACGGCGGUUGCCGCUGUAAGAGGUCGAAGCAGCAAGUCACGUCGUUCACUGAGUCAAAAAAUGAGAAUACUCCUGAACUGGAUGAGCCCCAGACCACCCCGGGUCAGACCUCUGUUAACACAUCAGAGAUGUCUGUUAAUUCAAACUUUGACGAGAGCUUGUCCAUGGCACCCUGCGCAAUGAGCACUCCGUCACAUCCUUUGAAGGAACCCGGUGCAUUCAGCUUGGAAGGAGAGACAACAUCUGAAGAGAACCUGCGAGGGAGCAGUGUUGUGGAGGAGGAUCUGGAGAAUCCAGAGUGUACAGCAGGUGAAAUCACUGACUCCGCAGUGGAAACGAAAGAACCUGCUGAUGAGAAUGACCAAACUGACCGGUGUCUGUCUGAGUGUGUUUCAGAUGAGCCUGGAGACAGCUGGCUGGCUGCAGGGAAUCAAAGCCAAGACCCAACAGCUACAGAAAAGGAAGAAAUAAGUCAGAGUGGACAACUGGAGGAGAUACCGAAGGCACUGCUGGUUGUUAGCAAACCUGAGAAAACACAGAUGAAUGAGCUGGACAGCAAUCAGGGUGAUAAAGAAGUAGCUGAGAAUACUGUAGGAGAAACUUGCUUUAUUCCAGAUAAAGAGAUGAAGGAGGAAUUAGUGGAAACUGAAAUUAUGGUGCCUGAAAACGUAGCCUUAACCAAAGAAGAUGCAGUAGACACCAACAGUGUGGAUUCCCCUCAAAAACUGGAAGAUCGUGAUUCCUUAGCCUUGGUUAAUGAAAGCCCCAACAGCAUGCAGGCACGCUGCACGUGGUCUCCUUCAGCUUCUCCAUCCACCAGCAUCUUGAAGAGAGGCAUAAAAAGAAAUCAAGAUGACGAUUCCCUGUCGCCCGCUAACAAGAUCCGUCGAGUCUCUUUUGCAAAUCCAAUUUACCAAGAAGGACUGGCAGAUGACAUCGACAGGAGAAGUCCUGUCAUUAGACCCCAUUCUUCACCGUCUUCCCGGAGUCUGAAAAUUUUGUCUAAUAUUCAGGCCAAGCAUAUUACCACUCCAACCAAAGGAUUUCUGUCCCCAGGAUCUCGUAACCCUAAAUUUAAGAGCUCAAAGAAGUGUUUAAUUACGGAAAUGGCCAAGGAAUCGCUGCCUCACCCUACGGAAUGUGUGUAUCCCGCCUUAGUUGGCUGCAAAGCACCGGUCGAUGUGAUCUUACCUCAGAUCACAUCAAACAUAUGCGCCAGAGGUUUGGGGCAGCUCAUUCGAGCAAAGAACAUUAAGACAGUGGGUGAUCUGAGUACUCUGACAGCAUCCGAGAUCAAAACCCUUCCCAUCCGCUCUCCGAAAGUUUCCAACGUUAAAAGAGCUCUUAAGGGAUAUCAUGAGCAACAGGUAAAAUCUCGAGGAUUUGAGGAAAUAGCAGUGCUUGAAGAUGCAGAAAAGCCCGUAAAUAAUGUGGAGGAGAAACCUCUUUCUGUAGAUGAAGAAAAACUUGCCACAGAUCUGAUGGAACCAGUUGUCUUGAAUCCAAACGACCAGCCCACCGCGGACCUUCUGAGCCAAAUUGAUGCGCUUGCUGCUCAGCUGACUUCAGAAGAUCUCCACGGCUAUUCGGGAAGCCAGCUUUUUGAGAUGCAGGAAAAGCUGGUUGGCAUGACAAACUGUAUCAUGAAAAACCUGCAGUCCCGCUGGAAAUCGCCUCCCCAUGACAGUUCUGAUUAG